UCUCCUCCAUCACCGCCUGGUACUCUGCUGCUACUGCCAGUUUUCAAUUUUCAGUGAGGUCUCAGACUUUUGGACUCCACUGGUACUUAUAUGGCAAGGGCCAUUUCUAAUGUAGGCUAUCAAUAAAUUAAAUUGAUGUGCUUAAGGGGAUUAAAAGAAGGCCCAGUAAGAGUUCUCAUGAUACGUCUUACUACAUGUAGGUCUGGUAUACACAGUGGUGAGAGAAGUACUCAGAUCCAGUACUUCAUUCCAGUAAAAGUACUUAAGUACUAACUGUGGCUAGAUUAAUCUCCACUAAUGCAUCAUGGUCUAUAAUCAUAUGCCAUCAUAGUAACACCACUGAUACAUGACUUAGGAAACAGCACUAGUUUGACGUUUGGCUGCAGGGGGCGCUGUGCACCCUCACACCUGCAUACAGGUACACAGAUGAUGUGAAGGAUGAUGACCAGCGAAUGAAGUGUCAACGUGUAUUUUUCAUCUCUCAGUUCCACCUCUAGUCUUUUAUUUCAGCUCAGGUGUCCCCAUCAGAUGGAUCGGACUGUGCUCUCUCUGCUCUGGUUUGCGCUCUGCGUCGGGAUGAAGUCGACCGAAGCCCUGCGCUCAGCUCCACCGCGGCGCGCUGACACCGGCACGUGGAGGAAAGACCGGCCGGUGAACGACACUGUGGUUCUCCACGACUACAUGAUGUUUUUAUACCGAACAAUGUCCAGGCUUCAGCAGAGAGAUAUUAACGUUUUACACGGUGCGGGAUUCGCGAACACAGUCACGAGCUUCGUGGACCAAGGAAAAGAUCUGCCAUCUUGGGAGAGUGGUCAGCGUUACAUCUUUGACUUGUCCAGCCUGUCCAGGAUGGAUGAGCUGGUAGAGGUGGAGCUCAGAAUCCUAAGGAAACCUGCAGUAGACCUCCUGAGUGUCUUAACAACAGGGGGGAACCUUUACAACACCCGUCUGUACUCCUGUUCUCCUGGGGGCACUUCUGGCAGACAGCUCCUGGACUCCAGAACUAUAGAGGUUCUGGAUGGUGGUCUCCCAAGGUGGGAGGUGUUUGAUGUCUGGUCCAGCAUGAAGGCCCGCCAAUGGAAUCCCACAGAAUCAACACAGGCCUGCUUCCACCUCCUGAUCUUGUCUGAACUAACCAACGAGGUCACUGACCCACUCCUUCUGGGGCUGGGUCGCCAUGAUCGGCUACCACAGGAGAAAGCUUUGCUAGUGGCUUUCUCGCAUGCUGACAGCAAUCAUAAUCUGUUCAGAGAGGCAAUGGAGAAGAUGAAGAAUGAAGGUGGUGGAUUUCGGCUCCCAAAGCCCCUUAACCCUCUUCCAAAAGAUGAAAAGAAGCACCAGCAACAUCGCCAGAGAACCUUGUCCAAACGUUCAUUUGGUGGGGCAGGGGGAGGAUCAGCAGUCGGAGGCACUGGAAGGAAAAGUGGACGUAGGAAGUCCCGCUGCAGUCGUAAACCCCUCCAUGUGAACUUUAAAAGUCUGGGCUGGGAUGACUGGAUCAUUGCCCCUCUGGACUACGAGGCGCAUUUCUGCGAUGGGGUGUGUGACUUCCCCCUGCGCUCCCACUUAGAGCCCACCAACCACGCAGUCAUCCAGACCCUCAUGAACUCCAUGGACCCAGAUAUCAGUCCACCUAGCUGCUGUGUCCCCUCCAAGCUCAGUCCCAUCAGCAUCCUCUACAUCGACUCAGGCAACAAUGUGGUCUAUAAGCAGUACGAGGACAUGGUGGUGGAGAGCUGUGGAUGUCGGUAACGCCGGUUGAACAACUUGUAGUGGACAGAUUUUUGAUUGUAAAAGACAAAUAAUGAAAAGGUAUAUUCAUGUAUUUUAAAUGCAUAUUGUAUAUGUCCAACAGUGUUGUAGUACUCUUGGUCUUGGUCUCAAGACCACAUUUUGAAGAUCAUAUCUCAGUUUUAGACAGAGAGGACUUUGGAUUCAUUUUAAGACCACAGCUGGAGAGAUAUCAUAAACUGCAUGUGCAUUGUCCAAUUUUUGGUGUCAUUACUGUUAUUGGAAGUAAAACCUCUUGUUGCAAAUUCAGCCAAUGCAUCUUUUUGCUACUGAGGGGCUCUCACCCCUCCCAACCUCCCUUCACAUGCACUCCAAGGAAAGUGAAUGUGGGAAACCAAGAAGAAGCUGUCAGUCUGGGAGGAGAUAUCUGGUAAAUCUUCAUGUAAUCUAAUAAAAGUUGGCUUCAUGAACCACAAAAAGCUCAUCUAAAAAUCAGCAUCCAAAAGAAAAAAACGCAGCAGUCUGUAAAUCCUGCAACUGAGCAGGUUGGGAUUGCACCUUACCCAAAGAGAUUUGAUGAGUCCUACCCACAAUAUACUGUCUGGUCUUAGUCUUGGUCUUACCCUGCCUUGGUCUUGUCUUGGUCUUGAUACACUCUGUCAUGACAGUUUAGGUGGUCUUGACUACAACACUGGUGUCCAAUACUUUCAUUCAAUAAUAACUAUUCAUACCACUGUUACCUGUUAUAAGAACAAUGAAUUAUUAUUUUCAAAAAAUAACCUUAAAGCUGCAUUUCAUGUAUUUGUAUUUAUUGUUUUUCUGUCAACAGCAGCUCUGCUGUUUAAAUGUCCAAAUGGCUUCACUAGCUUGUUGCUAACUUGUCUGGUCUCCCUAGAGCUGUCAAUAUAAAGUGACAUGUUUCAGAUACUGUCAAAAAAAUUUCAUUUUUAAUGCGGAAUAUUGUGCAGCUUUAUAAAUAAUUUAUGACAAAGUGCCAUUUAAUUCUGAGCUUUACCACAACAGAAACAUUUCCAUCCCAAAGUCAGUGUAUGUCAGUCUAUGUUGUGUUUAACAUGCUGUACGCAGGUUUUCUCUGAAUAUCCUUGUCUUUGAAAAUAUUUUGUAAAUCUUAAGUUAUAUACGUGUCGCACACACACAUAUUAUAUUUUGUAUGUUUGUAUAGAUUUUGUAUGAAUAAACAUGUGUUUUAAUAACCAUGGCAGUUUGGGUGUGGUUAAUAUCAGCUGUUGGUGGAGAAAGAGCAGCAGUUCACAGGAGGUUUGACUCAGGCUGUCUGAGGAGCAUCACUAGAAUCCCACUUGAAUAAUAAUGUAUAAUAAUAUAUAGUAUAUAACACAUAGGAUAACAACAACAAUAACUUUGUUCCUACAGUGUUGUUCAAAAGUUCAGAAACCAAUGACAGUGUUGGUCUCACCUGUUACUAACUUACUAUGGCCACACUUAAGUAACCAAUAAUACAAAAUAUGUGGCAGAGCGCAAAAUGGGUCAUAACUCAAUCUUAACCAGAUAUUUACAGAACUGUCUGAAGAACAUGAGAUUAAACAAAGCAGU